GCUGCGCGGUCCAACAUGGCGGCGCCCAGUUCGGGGCCGUUGAGCGGGUUCCCGUUCCCCGCGGGAACUGGUGCCGAGGCCGGGUCUGACCGAGGGGGAGCCGGGGAGAAGGUGAAGAAACCGUGCCGGGCCUGUGUGGACUUCAAGUCGUGGAUCCACGAACAGAAGAAGCAGGUGGUGUCUGCGAAUGUUACAGAAGACCUGGAUAAAGAGCGUCCUAUUGAAUGCCCUUUAGACCGUGAGGAACUGGGGAGGAGUACUUGGUCUUUUCUACAUACAAUGGCAGCAUAUUACCCAGACAAACCCACCAAUAAUCAACAAGAAGACAUGAAGCAGUUCAUUUCUUUGUUUUCAAAAUUCUUUCCAUGUGAAGAAUGUGCCGAAGACUUGAGAGACAGACUGAAGACAAUGCCUCCAGACACCAGCAACAGAUACAAACUUUCGCAGUGGAUGUGCCUUCUCCAUAAUGACAUUAGCAAGCGAAUAGGAAAACCAGAAUUUGACUGCUCAAAGGUGGAUGAGCGAUGGAGGGAUGGAUGGAAAGAUGGUUCAUGUGAUUGAUUUAAAAAGUUCUCAUUUUAUUUUGACUCUGACCUACUUGAUAUUUUUCUCCCUGAUCUUGACAACAUGCUGUUUACUCGGUUUGAUUAUGUUGAAAUUACAAAAUAUGUUACCUUAAUUUUCCCCACUUAUUUCUACAUUCUUGCCUCACUAUUCUCAAAUUAAUACCGAUGAUCUCUCAACACGCUCCCUCACCUGGAAACAUGGGAGACUGGUAAAGGAAUAAUUUCACUUUAAAUAUUUGCUCUUAUCUCUUUAUCCUCUAGGGGGUGCAGUUGCUUCAGGAUAGUGAUUUGUUUCUGUGGCAAAGUCUCGCUUCUUCCUGAUAUUUGAAAAUGUCUCCAUCCAACUGAAGUGAUAAUUUCGAAUAUUUGGUUUAAUUUUGAUGUUAAACAGGUAAUACUGAGUUACAUUGGCACGGGGAGAAUCACAAAUAUCUUUACUUGGCCGAGCACUAAUAAACCAAGCAUUGGGUAAUUAACUUUCAGUAUACCUGUCAAAGGGUAUUUAUAAAAUGCCAAUUAAUUAGUAAAUCUGCAAUAGUUGGGAUAAAGUAAUUUUGAUCUCUGUGAAAUGACACAAUCAACAGCAAACAGAAACAAAUUGCAUCAAUUGAAUAAGGUUUUUUCCCCACAAAGAAUGACAUUUAGUGCAACUAUUUUACAUCUGUACUAAUACAUUUUCAAGCCUGGUCUUGGACGCCAUGGAUUAUAUGUGACAGUUAAUGUUGGCGUUACAAUUAGAUAUGUUUGUGAUUGCACUGAAAAGCAAUUAAGACAUUGCAAUAUGCAUUUACAUUGCAAUAUGUGAAUUGUGCAAUUUAUGCAUUAUCUGUCAUCUAUCACACCAACUUCACAUUGCCUGCCAUUGCAUUAACAGUUCUAAACUAUCAAAGACAUUUUUAGAUUCAUUCCAAGAUUUUAUGAGUAACUAUAUGACUUGAAGAAUAUACGUCUGAAAUAUGCCUUGUGAUGACACAGAUGAUGAUCCUUAAUGGCAGGCUACACUUCCAGAAGCUUUCAUCUGAAUACUGUACCUUAUUUUCACAGCUGAAAGACACUACAGAUAUAAUGGGAUAAUGUUAAAACAAAGGAAUGGAGGACUUAUAUAAAACUCAGACAAGUUGCAAUAAGGUAUUUGCACUAAAUUUAUACAAAUGCAACUUAACUGGGCUGGUUGUAGAGUAUCUGCUAAGAUUGGGAGUUUGAAUAACUCAGCUAUCAAUCAUCAUCAAAAGAUUAUUUCUUUAAAUGACCAUACUUAAUGUGUCCCUAAGGUCUAUAUGUAGCAUCCUACUGUUGUAAAGUUUCAUUUCUGGGAGGAAGUACACUCUACAACACACUGGCUGUUAAAAAUCAGUCAUUUUGAGUCCCCAGCUGUGGGUGCAGGAAAUUAAUAAAAUUUAAAAUUAUUUUGUAAAAAUAUGCAAAGCUGUGUACGCUGCAGCUGUAGAUAUUUACUGGUAAUUACGUAUAGCAUGUUGUUUUCAACUGCUAAAAGGCUUUUAAUUUGUAGUUAUUUUGUGAAUUUGUUUGUUUGUCACGAGUUACGUUGUGUUGAGUCUAGAUAUGUGCACAUUAUCUUGAUGAAUUAGCUGAAUUGCUCUCUGUUAAAUAUGACAACUGAGCACCACUCUCAAUCGGUGCCUGAAGCACACUGAGAGUGGAAAUGUGCUAUUUGAUAAUAUAGUGGAUACCUUUUUAGCUGAUAGUCUGCCUACGUUUUAUAUAUUAACUAAUAUAUAUAUAAGCAGGAAAGUGUGUAGGAGAGUUGGUCAUUUACCAUGAGGCAUUGACUGGCUUAGACAGUACAUCUUAUGAGAUUGCCACUGGACUUGGUGGUAGAGAAGGCAUUUAAAUAUUCUAAGCAAUAUGGGGGAGCUGAAGAACUGUUGCCAUUUGAUAUAUUGAAGAGACCCUAUAAUGUGCAGUUAAAAAUACAUGUCCCUCCAUUUUAAAUCAAGUGAUUAGAUUGUGGGAACUCAAUGUUCAUUGGUGUUCACUAUAACUCCCAAUUUAGGAUGUGGGAGAAAAGCUGUCAAUCUCAGUUUUGAAUGCUGGUCCAUCAUUUAAGGGAAUUCACUAUUGCUGAGUUCAAAGUUGCUAAAGUACUGAAAGGUUUGGCAUUCUGCACUCCGUACUAUGGCAUUCUUGAGUACUAGGCUUCAGUCACUGCAUUACCUUGUUCUUUCUGCAUCAACUUAAAAGUACUUUUUUAUCUUUGUGUAUCUUCUGGAGUACCCGUCUAUGUUGAUCAUAAGCCUACAACUGGAAUUUCUUACAAGAGUUUUGAAUAGUCAAUGUGUUUAAGGCAAACCGAAGUAAGAUAUUUAAUAUUGCACUAAUUUUGAAGAAGUGAGCACAAAGUCUAAAUGAUAGAAGCAAUUGCAUGCAAACAAAUUCUUGUUACUGCUGUGAUACUUGAACAUACUGUAAUAUUUGGACGGGAUGUUUACUUUUUUGCAAAAAGUCCUUGUACAUGUUCUGGAUUUGUCAUUAUAUAAGAAACAUCAAGGGUAGCCUAUCUGCAAAUGACUAACUUUAAUAAUUAUAUUGUUCAUAUACAAUAAUGUACCUAUCACGCCAGAUUCUGUACAGUGUGAUGUGAGAGAAACCCAGUCUACAACAGCCAAUACAUUCGCAAUUUCUUCUACUGUUUCCAUUCUAAAAUCUACCUUAGCAAAUGAGAGUUUUUUUAAAAAUAGAAUAACAGGUUUUAUUUGUUCAAAUAACAGCUACUUACAAUGAGACCAUUUUUCCAAGAUUUUGAUUUGAGGUGUAAAUAAUUGAAAUAAUGCUGUUUAAAUUUAGUAUGCUAGAUUAUGAAUUUAAGAUUACCAGAUGGACAGUUUUAUUUGAUCUUCCUCUUUUGGAAAGCCAACUCUUUUCCCUACUUAGCUGAUUCUUAAAUAAGCCCCAAUAUCUGUGCCUCAAACAUACAGCCAUUGACUGCCCUCUUUAAAUUCUUCAUAACCCCAUAACUGUUCCCUUGGGUGUAUCUGGAUAUCUUUUUGAGGUUUAUUUAUGUGGCCUGUUUAGCUGUGUUGUAUAUAUCCUAAGACCAUCUCUGGGACUCAUUUUGAAGCUGAAUGUCACCAGCUCUUUGUUCUGAGUUGGGAGACCAGUCUUUUUUCCUUAUGGAUUGCUCUAUUAUGUUGUGCCAAAUAGGAAAGGUAAAUGCUUGACUGUGAAAUGGGGUUUUCAACUGAAUAAACUCGACAACAUAACCCAGAACAAGUUCAGCACUCUACAGCUUUCUGGACUCAAAGUUGAGUUCAAUAGCCUUCAAUUACAUUUGAUUCCAUUUCGUUCUUUUUUUUAAUCCUCCAAUUUUUGUUUUGCAGGGUUUGUCUUGUCUAGUUUCUUUUCUCAUUCCUACAUGUUACAUUCAGAAGGUUUUUAUAUUUAAAAAAAAAGUCAUGCUUCGUGUAAUGUAAUACUUACACCCUAAUUUUCCUGACAAGGGUGUUGUUUGGCCAUCUCACAUCACUGCAGACUGUUGUGCAGUUUCAUCCAGAGUGCUAUUAGUCAAGAUUUUGAUGCGACAAUGGUAAUGGAAUAUUUUAUAUAUAAAACUAUGUAUUUAUUUCUGCAUUCCUGGCAAGACAAUGUUUUGAGUUGGCAUUUGCUCGUCUUUACAGGAAACUGAGAGACAGCUCACGUAACAACAUUAAAAAUCCUUUCUUUGUCAUAUUUAAUUCAAAAUAAUCACAAUUAAAAAUGAAAUCUCCACCAGAGGAAACAAUGGUUGUAUUGGAUGGUAACAGGUUUUACAGCAACAGGAAAACAGAAUUUAUUCACUAGGCAGAUUGACAAUGAUGAUUUGAAGAUCCAAAGAGGAAGACCGUGUUGGAAAUUAUAUCAGGGAGACAAUUGUUCACUCAAAGUAUUGCAGAUUAAAUAAAUUUUCUGCUGAACAGUUUCUAUUUCAUGAAUGAUUGUAACAAUAGGCUGUGUGAUGUAGUUAUUGUAAUAAUUUUGUUUCACCUACGCAGAUUGUUCCUUAGCAACCAUACUACCACCAAAGAACAGGAGACCUACCUUAAGUAAUUAAAAGGGAUGAGAAAUGACAGCCAUUGAAAUAAUGACAGAAGUGCUUUCAUUUCUGCUCCUUUUUGAACAAGUCCUGUGUCAUCUUAAUUGUGAGCACAUUUUUGGAUCGUUUAGCAGGUGUGAAAAUGAAUAAGAAUAUUUCUUUAUAUUUAUAUCCCAUGUCAUAAGCAGAUGUGUUGGAAAUCAUUGAACGUGUCAAUGUCACUUAUGAUUAUUUAUUUGGUUCCAGCUAUUGAAUAAAGAUAAUGUUCAACAAGUCCUUA